AUGUACCUCUGUCUCCUCUUUGGCGUGGCGUGUGCGGCUUCCCAUCACUUCUACUACUGGUCUCUCGACGGACGGCCGGCUACGAACCAAAUCAAGAUGAUGCGGUAUGGAACGAUGUUGGCAUUCGGAGCGAAAGCCGGGUUAAGUGCUGCGGUCAUCGUGGCCUUCCGACAGCGGGUGUGGACAACGGUUCGGAAACGGUUCAUGACUGUCGGCGCUCUGGAUGCCUUGUUCUCGGCUACGGAAGACUCACAGGCUGUGAUGAGUUGGGAGAUGGUCCAAAGUGCAAAGGUGGCGGCGCUGCUGGCGGCAUACGUCUGGCUGGCACCGCUCGUGGUAGUCCUUACUUCCAACACGCUUCUCGUCGUUCCGAGGAGGGUCCAGACCCCCGAGAUGUGCCCAGGAGUUCGCACGCUCAACUUCACUUUCGAAGAGACUUACGAAUGGAGGAAACCUCCCAAGAUCGACCGCCUGUUUGAGAUCCCUCUGUCUCUAUGGAACACUACCAAGGAACCAGAGAAAGACGAUCCCGGAUGGUUCGACUACUACACCGCACCCAACCCUAGUUUUCAGAACACAGCCACUAUCGGCUCCUUUCUCGAAGAAGCCGUCAUGAGAAAGAAUGCACCAAUCGAGACCUGCGGGAGCGGCUGGAACUGCUCUUUCGAGAUCCAAUUCAUUGCCCCAGCCUACAAGUGUACCGACCUCGGCAGCGGAGUCGAUUCCAAAGUGACCAACCUAACGCAAGAGUCCGGCACCAUCGCGCCGCCUUUCAACAUGGACGUCCUCCUCCCCAAAGGGAAGUUCACAUACUACGCCUUCACCAGCGGCGGCGAAUACUCCACCACGCAAAUGAAAGAAGUCGGCAUCGGCGGCCGACCAACAAUGAAAUCGCCUUUUCCCAAACACUUGGGAGCCUUCCGCACAGAACCUGUCAUCUGGCUCGGCUACGUCACCCUCGCCGAUGACACCAAGCCGGUUCCCUCCAGCCCCUCCGACCCAGCCUGGUCCACCGCCUUCAUCCCUCACAUCUUCGCCUGCGAGAACUACGAAUCCAACUACACCGUUCGCAUCAACUACACCGACGCCGCCCAGUCCACCACCAUGACGAACGUGACGUACCUCCGCCCCGUGAUUAACACGACUUACCUCCCACACAUCGACGCCAACGACGGCACAGCCGAUAACGUCACCGCCGUUCCCAUCUCCAACUACAUCCUCCCCACCUCCGUUGCCUCAUACCGGCGCACAGCCGCCUACCACUCGUUGGGGUUCAUGCUCCGCGACCAAAUCAACGGCACGGUCGGCAUCGGCGACGACCGCGAAAACCUCGUCAACCCCAUCGCCAACACCAAAGCCAUCCAGACCUCUCGGCUGCUCGACUACGGCAACAAUUAUUUCCCGUUUCCGGACAUCCAGCGCCGGAUCCAAAAGUUUUACGAGGACAUCAUCCUGUCGGUGCUGGGAAACCCGCAGUUUGCGAGCGUGGUGUGGGCGGCAAGACCGGGCGAGCAGAGUGGUGUUACCUUUAAUGGUCCGGACUAUAAUAGUAAGAGGCCGAUGAUGACUGAGGAAGAAAAGGGGUUACUGUAUCCGUGUACAAAGUUUCGGAUGGCGUUGGUGUAUAAGUUUAAUGCGAGGUUGUUGUGGAUCGUGUACUCCAUUUCGAUUGCGCUCGCAGUGGCGGGGGUGGUGGUGGGCGCGUUGGCGCUCAGAGAGAAUGGAGGCGUGGUGAGGGAUACGAAGUUUUCGAGCAUUGUGGCGGCGACGAGGGGAAGUGGCCUGGGAAGGGUGAGGUGGACGGAUGGGACUGAUGGUACUGGGGUGUCAGUUGGGGGUGAUGGUACGGUGCCAGAGGAAGUUAAGGGGUGGAGGAUGGGAUAUGGGGUUGUUGAUGCUUCGGGAGGAGGUGGAGGUUACGGUGGUGAUGGUCGGUUGGAUGUGGGAGACGGAUUUAUGGGAGGACGGACGGUGUAUGGAUUUGGAUUUGAAGGGGAUGUGAGGCAGUUGAGGAGGACGCCGAGUCUGGUUCAGUUGACGACUUUGGGGAAGUAG